AUGCUUCCCUCGUUUGACCGUAGACCGGCGACCUGGAGCUUGCUGGUCGCGAUUCUCCUACACGCAGCACUACCUGCCGACGCUCAGAAAGAAGCGCCGUCCGCCUCCGACUUCAUCCGCCGCAGCCAACAUGGCUCUGCCGUCGUGGGCGACUUCCUCUACAUCGACGGCGGCCAGCUCUCGCAAAACAUCAGCGGCGAGCUCGACACCGUCGUCCCCCGCGUGCAAAACGCCACCCUCUCCAUCGACAUGCGCACCUCAUGGACCAACGACUCGGUCCAGAUGACCGAAAUCGACCGCGGCGACACCCCCGUCUUCACCUUCCCCUCCCUCUGGCCCUCGGAGACCUCGUCCGCCAUCUACCUCUGGGCCGGGAUGCGCGCGCCGGGCAACGCCGUGCCCAACCUGGGCAUGUGGAAGCUCGCCGCCGACGGCUCCGGCAGCGGCACCUGGGCCAAAGUGGGCCAGGGCGACCUCGCCGCCUUCAACAACCUCACCCGGCCCGUCGGCGGAUACAGCACCGUGCUGCAGGGCGGCGACACGGCCUUCUACGCCGGCGGCGUCCACUCGUCUCAAACCGACCCGGCCGUCGACACGGGCACCGAGAUACCCGUGCCAGGGCUGGUGUCGUACAACCUGUCGUCGGGCGAGUGGGCGAACCGCAGCGCCGCGGGCUUCACGACGUACGGCACGCAGAUGUGGGGGCAGGCGGCGGCGGUGCCGUUCGGGGGAGCGGGCCCUGCAGGGCUCGUCGUCUUCCUGGGCGGCGAGAGCGGCAGCCGCACCGUCCUGUCCAACGCCGCCGGCCAGCUCGACCUGGACACCGUCGCCGUGUAUGACCCCGCCGACGACACGUGGUACAGCCAGGUCGCGACGGGCGACGUGCCCGGCACCCGCGACGGGUUCUGUCUCGUCGGCGCGCAGGAUGUCAGUACUAGUGCGGGCGCCGGCACGAAUGCAGGCUCCUACGAGCUGUUCUUGUAUGGCGGGUGGAAUGCGGCCGACAACAGUGCGACGUACAACGAUACGUACGUCCUCAGCUUGCCCGCUUUCCGCUGGUUUCGCGGCCCGGACGCGACCGCCGCGCGCCUCAAUCACGGCUGCCACGUCGUGGGCGCGGGGCGCAGGCAGUUUGUGAGCGUCGGCGGGGCCGACAACAAUGUCGAGAUGAGCGAGCGCUGGACGACGCCCGAUCCGUGGAAGCAGGGGCUGGGCGUCUUCGACAUGACGGCCAUGAGGUGGGCGGCCGGGUACGAUGCGGACGCGGAUGUGUACGAGGCGCCGAGCGUGGUGCGGGCGUGGUACAACUCAUCCAACUAUACAGAACCCGAGUGGAGCUCGGACGAGGUGAAGGCGCUGUUCGCAAACGUCACCUCCACCACCUCCUCCUCCACCCCCUCCACCCAGACAACAUCCACCUCAUCCUCAUCCACCUCAACCUCAACCUCCAAAUCCCAAUCCCACACCGGCACCAUCGCCGGCGCCGUCGUCGGCACCAUCGGCGGCAUCGCCCUCGUCGCCUUCCUCCUCUUCCUCCGCCGCCGCCGCCGCCGCAGCCGCCGCAGCCGCAACAACAAGGAGCUCCUCGCCGCCGAGGCAGCGAACCAUCAUCACCAACCGCCGCCACCGCCACCGCCACCGCCACCGCCACCGCCACCGCAAGAGUUGGAGACGGGGUCGGAGAGGCAGGAGUUGCCGGCGCAGGAGGUCAAGGAGGUGGAAGGGGAUCAGGGGGGGUGGGGGGAGAUAGGACUGAGGAGGGGUGGGGGAUAG